AUGGCCCCAACGGCGUGCUUUAACUGCAAGGAGGCCCGGGCCGUCAUUAUUCGCCCUAAGAACAGACACAAGCUUUGUCGUGCCUGUUUCAUCGAGAUUUUCGAGACCGAAGUACACGAAACCAUCACCGGCGCAAACCUCUUCUUCCGCGGCGAGCGAGUGGCGAUCGGAGCCAGCGGCGGCAAAGACAGCACCGUCCUGGCGGCAGUCUUGAAGACACUGAACGAGCGAUACGACUAUGGACUGAACCUUGUACUCCUCUCGAUCGACGAGGGGAUCCGCGGCUAUCGCGAUGAUAGUCUGGAGACGGUCAAGCGCAAUGCGCAGCAAUACGAGAUGCCCUUGACAAUUGUUGGUUAUGGCGAGCUAUACGGGUGGACGAUGGAUCAGGUUGUGGAACAGAUUGGGAAGAAGGGAAAUUGCACCUACUGCGGUGUGUUUCGUCGACAGGCGCUGGAUCGCGGUGCUGCGCGGUUGGGAAUUCAGCACGUCGUUACCGGUCACAACGCGGACGAUGUGGCGGAAACUGUCAUGAUGAAUCUGCUUCGUGGCGAUCUCCCCCGUCUCUCUCGGGGAACUAGUAUCGUGACUGCCUCUGGUGGCUCGGAUAUCAAGCGAAGCAAGCCGUUGAAAUAUGCCUACGAGAAAGAAAUCGUUCUCUACGCCCACCACCGUCAGCUCGAUUACUUCACCACCGAAUGCAUCUACUCGCCCGAGGCGUUUCGAGGCAGCGCUCGUACUCUGGUCAAGGACCUGGAGAAGAUCCGCCCCAGUUCGAUUCUAGACAUCGUCAAGAGUGGCGAGGACAUGGCCGCUCUUGUUCCUCGGGAAGUAUCUCAGAGCGGCAAGUCGUGCAAGUCCUCCGCUGCUGUCGAAGAGGAAGCUACCGGUGGUUGUGGAAGCCAGAAUGGACGUACCAGCGGUGGAGAAAUGGCCGCGAUGGAACAGCAAUUGGCUGAAAAUGAGGCGGCCGAGUCUCAUGAGACCGAGAUUCAACUUCCAAAGAAGGUCAACGGCAGAGCCCCCAAGGUCGUCAAGGCUCAGACCUUGGGUCAUUGUGAGCGAUGUGGCUAUAUCUCCAGCCAGCCUAUCUGCAAGGCAUGCACUCUUCUCGAGGGUCUCAAUCGGAACCGUCCCAAGACGGCCAUUGAAGUCGGUAUUGGGAUGGAAGAUGAGGAAGGCAGUUCAACGCUGGCCCGGCAGAUGGAGCAGGCCCAGUUGACCAACAGUUGA